UUACUGCCCACAAACAAACUGGGCUUCCUGGUAUCAGCCCUGGCUAGCACGUGGGUUCGUCGCUGACGUAUGAACAGGGGUUUGGCGGGGUUCAAGCUCGAGUCUGUAUUCUAGUCCGAACAAAAAGUUGCUGUGUUCGAAUGCGCGGUGCACAGUCCUUCAUCAGACCCCUCCAGUCACUUCGUCGCGUGCAUAUCGGCUUCCGCAAGAUGACAAACGUCGCGGAUCACUACGAUGAUCCCAUCUCCAUUGGAGUCAUUGGAGGCACCGGCCUGCAGUCGCUCUCCGGCUUCACUCAUGUCGCUUCUUUGAAGGUCGACACGCCCUGGGGCUCUCCCUCAUCGCCCGUCUCCGUUCUCCACCACCCUUCGCCGUCGACCGGCAAGCCGAUCCCCGUCGCCUUCAUCUCCCGCCAUGGCCUGCACCACGAGUUCGCGCCUCACGAGGUCCCCGCCCGCACCAACAUCGCCGCCUUGCGCAAACUAGGCGUCCGCACCGUCAUCGCCUUCUCCGCUGUCGGCAGUCUGCAAGAGGCCAUCAAGCCCCGCGACUUUGUCGUUCCCGACCAAAUCAUCGACCGCACCAAGGGCAUCCGGCCCUUCACCUUCUUCGAGGGCGGCAUGGUCGGACAUGUAGGCUUUGCCGAUCCUUUCGACGGCAAGAUCGCCGACAUUGUGCGUCGUUGCGGACACAGCUUGGAAGGCGAUGGCGUGAUACUGCACGACCGGGGCACGCUCAUCUGCAUGGAAGGACCGCAGUUCUCCACGCGUGCUGAGAGCAACAUGUAUCGUAGCUUUGGCGGCUCCGUCAUCAACAUGUCUGCCCUUCCUGAGGCGAAGCUGGCGAAAGAGGCAGAGAUUGCAUACGCCAUGAUCUGCAUGUCCACCGACUACGACUGCUGGCACGAGUCUGCUGGCGAUGUCACAGUGGAAAUGGUCAUGGGCAACAUGAAGGCCAAUUCGGAGAAUGCCUACCGCUUCGUGGGCGCCGUGCUGAACGAGCUGAGCAAAGAGGAGCACGCUGAUGUCGUGUCGGCCACACACCUGGCUGGUCAGAGCAAAUUCGCAGGCAGUAUGACCGCUCCUGCGGGUCGCUCAGCAAAGGCCAAGGAGAACCUCAAAUGGCUGUUCCCGAAUUAUUUUGACUGAGCGUUCUCCCUCAGGAGUUCAAAAGUCAGGUUCCACGUCUCUUCAACGAGCGUAGAGAUAUAGAUAGAGUUCUGAUACCCUUUAGCAUGGCCCAGAAAUCGCCAGCACGCACACUUUUCUCCGAUGAGAAUGAAGCUUGUCAGCUCACGAGGUUGACCAC